ACCACCUUCCUGGUUAAUAAUUAGGAACGACAUAUCUAAGUCAUAUAGGUAACUGAAUUUAUUCUUUAUCUUAUGCUUGAAGUACCGUUCAGGUUGUAAAAUUUAAAUUCUACAGAGCCUAAUUGAACUUUAAUGAAAUGAAAUUAAUUAAAAAAGAAAUAAAAUGCUUCUAUGCGCUCAAUGAGAUUGUAAAAACUGGCAGUGGUAAACUGUAUAUUACAGUUAACAGUCCCCGGCUUUGCCUUAACAGUGCAAUUAGAAAUGCUUAAAGAUAAAUACAUUUUUCAUCUUUUAUUUCCCCUCUUUUUUUUUAAUACCUUAGUUCUCCUUCGAUUUUCCAAAUGGCGCCCCACCCGAAAUGAAACGGUUAGUGGUGAACAAGGCUCUAGGGGAAACAAUUCUUCAUCGAGCUGCCAGGCUCGGCUAUAUGGAAGUUGUGUUAUAUUGCCUUGAAACAAACUACUGUGAUGUCAACGCUCGUGACAACGCCGGUUACACGCCUCUACACGAGUGCUGCUCGCGUGGAAACCUUGAGAUUGCAAACGCACUUGUUCUGUUCGGUAGUGACGUCAGUGCAAGUGCAGUUGGAGGAAUAAGGCCGCUUCAUGACGCAGUGGAAAACGACCAAUUGGAAAUCGUUAGACUGCUCUUGUCACACGGUGCUGACCCUAUGAUUGCCACUUAUUCAGGCCUAACACCUAUCAAACUCUCCAAGUCCGCUGUUAUGGAAGAAUUCUUGAAAGACUAUAUGAGUGAUGUCACCGGAGAGACUUCGUACAAUACAUGCAUCAAUUCAUGGCAGUUUCCAGGAUCAGCAGUUUGUCUCGAUUUGGAAGAAGUUGGCUAUGAUAUCUGGGAAGGUCUUCCGUUAGAGUCUGAGAACGAGGAUAAAGACAAGGACGACUUCCUGUUCGAGGUUAGCGACACACCCCAUCUCCCAACUUUCCGCCUUCAGUUGCCUUGCAACGACAAUAAGGUACUUUCGAACUGCCUACGUCUUAACGACGUUCUUCGACAAAUUGGACUUACCAAGGACGAAUUCGUUCAGUUCUACCGCAACAUUAAGAUCUUUUCAAUCCCCAGGCACGAAUUUGAAGGAAGCGCCACCUGCAGGCAGUUUAUGGCUGGCACGAAACUGGACUCCGAGGAUAACGGGAAAGCCACAAUCGAUGUUCUUUGCCUGAACAGUGACAUAAGAGAAGUUCUCGGAAUCGAGCUAGUAACCCUUAGGUAGCGCACUGCCAGGAAAUGGUGGACACAGUAAUGUAAAGCUUUUCUUGGCAUGGAACAGGGCGUUAUUUGUUUCUGCUGGUGCUCAGUGUAGGUUUUGGAAUGUGACACCUUUAAUAAAUGCUGCGUAUAGUAUGGUUCUUGGAAUAAAGCCAGGUAUACGAAGAAGUGAUGCUAGAAGAAGCGACUAACUACGCAUGUCACGUUAUAGUAACUACAGCAUCAAUCUUAUUUAAGUUGCCAUGGACACUGCAUGUUAGAUUAUGCUUACGUGAACGCUCGGGCAGCUAACAAUAUAUUGCCUGGAAAAUGCGAGUCACCGAGAUAUAUGGUAAUCAUAUGUCAUCUUCACUGACUGAUUGUUGUUGUCCUUUUUGCUCCAUGUGUGGUCAAGUCAGACCUCCCCCCGUGAUAUUAGACUUGCUUUAAACCUUUAAUAGAGAAUGCGACCGAUUAUAUCGUUGUUUUAAGAAGCAAAGGAAGGUUUCAGUUUUGUUUUACUUUAUAGGUAUAAUUAACAAGGAUGUGAAGAUCGUUCACGCCAUUUGUUUGGUGGUGUUUCGUUGAGUUUGGAUGUACAUAUGUAAAUAAGAGUUAGAAAAACCUAUAAGUUAUCAUGUACCCUGAAUAAUAAUAAUAUCCGACAUUCGUUUCUCGUUGGUUGUGCUAUAUUAAAAGUCGUUUUCAUAUACA